CCCACAUCAGAGCUACCAACACCAACGUCCAUCCAUAUACGCGCCUCGCUGAAGCUGCGACGAUGAUAUUCCAACGAAUUAGUUCCACACAUGCGACUAUCAUGUCAAAUGUGGAGAAAAUGCGCGUCUAUUUACCCCCGUGAGUUUCGGUAUACAUAGAAGCUGCGAUCGCGUCGUCGUUCCCCAACGCUCCCCUUUCAGACCCUCUCCUAUAUCUGUCCUCGCUCUCUGGGGAAGUUCAACAUACCAGCCAGCAAAAUGAGUCCAUCAGCCAUCAACACCGUCACUAGCGCUCUUAGCUCAUCCACAACUCAGACAUCGACCGCCCAAACACCAGCACUUUUCUCCCUCGCCGGAAAGACAAUCGCUAUCACAGGAGGUGGUCGUGGACUAGGAAUAACUCUCGCUUUCGCUGUCGUUGAAGCAGGCGGCCAUGCAGCCUGUCUAGACAUCCUCCCAGAACCAAGCAACACAGAAUGGCAAGCCUUGACGAAGCUUGCUAAGCAACUCGGCACUACGGCAACAUACCGUCGAUGCGACGUCACUAGCGAAGCGGAAGUCACGCAGGUUCUCGAUGAGAUAUCGCGCGAGGCUGAUGAGCAAGGCGCGCCACUAAACGGCAUGGUGGCAUGCGCGGGUAUUCAACAAAGAGUGCCAGCGCUUGACUACGAAGCAUCAGACUUUGAGCGCAUGCUUCGUGUGAAUGUUGUCGGUGCAUUCAUAUCAGUCAAGAGGGCGGCGAGAAUAUUGAAGGGCAAGGGUACUGGUGGUUCCAUUGUGCUCAUCGCUAGUAUGUCGGGUCAGGUCGCCAAUAGGGGUCUCACUUGCACAGCAUACAACGCCAGCAAAUCAGCUGUACACCAAAUGUGCCGCUCGCUAGCACAAGAGUGGGGUCAGUAUGGUAUUCGGGUGAACACACUUUCGCCAGGUUAUAUACGCACUGCGAUGACCGACGAGCUUCUAGCAGCGGACCCAGAUGUAGAGAAGACAUGGAUGGCCGGCGCACUGCUUGGAAAACUUGGCGUACCGGAUGACUUCAAAGCACCAGCAGUUUUCUUGCUGGCAGAAGGAAGUCGAUUCAUGACUGGCGCCGACCUCAGAGUGGAUGGCGGUCAUUGCGCGUCUGCCUAGUUUUUAUGACGUCGGUGUAAUAUGCUCAUAUCCCCGUUGUUGGUAAUCCUGGUGUUUGGAGUGGACAGCUCACAACCAUAGACCCAUGGUUCGCUGUUCCAAUGUACGGUAGAACCCACUAUGAGCAAAACCUCAAUACUUUUGAGACUGCUUCCUUCACUCACAAUUCCUCCAAUACAAUACCUCUCACAAAA